AGGGACCAGAGGACAAGAUCUGAAAGGGGAAGUAACCAUCAUUAGUGGCAUUUAUUAACAACACUCAUAACAACUUUCUCACAAGGGUAACGCUCCGGAGGAAGAAAACUAUUUCUUUAUAUAUUGUGUGUGGCAGCUCUGAAUGCUCAAUGAAAGACAUGAGAAUUGUUUUGAAGCCUCAAAUGAUGGAUCAGUCAAACCGUAAAACGUCCAAUGGAAAACCUGCCAUUCCACCAAAACCAAACCUUAACGCUUCACGCCAGUCCAGUCAACAAGGAGCGGACAAGCAAAUGUCCGUAAACUACAAUAGUAAAGUGAGAAGAUAUUCUGAAAAUAUGAGCCACGAUGGAAGGUCUGUGAUGGUUGGAACUAGAUUGUCAUGUCCACCCAGGGCAAAGGACCAAGCAGAGGAUAUAUCUUCAUUUUCAAGACUUGUGAAAAAUGGACAGAUACUGGGGGAAAGAAAUCUUCAGCGGGCAGUAGAUGAUGUGGAUGUAGGUCGAUCAGCUCCUGAUGGCAGUGAGGUGAAUAAUCAUCAGGGCUCAACUGUGCCACUUACCCAUUCAGAGGAGAAACACUGUCACUGCCUCUGCCAUCUUCAAAGGCCUGGAAUGAAACUAGUCUGGGUUCCUCUAAACGAGAAUAAAAAUGACAUGGAUACUGCAAUUGAAAAGAAUUACAAACAUCAAAACAGAGGGGGUCAGAGAAAUCAGGAUGUUUCACAUCUAACCAGUAAUAAAGUCAGUUGCCCACUGAACAGCCCAUCUCCCAAUUCAAAACCCCAAGCGUUGCCUCCAUGUAUAAACUGCCAAAGUUUUCUGAUUCACCACAGUCCUCAUAAAUUAGCAGGAAAUGGAUUUGCAUAUGCUAAUGAGUCAUUCCAAAGCCAUCCGAAACCUCCUUUACCACCAAGGACUUAUCUGUCAUCUGAAUAUCAAAAUAUCCAACAGUAUGAACAGCUGGAGCACUCCAGUGCUCAUAUAUAUUUGGAUAUUUUGCCAUCAAAUGACAAUAAAGCUACCCCUCCAGCUAUCCCCCCUCGACCUCCCCCACGACUUCCAAUACAUCCUCAAUCCGCCCAAAAGACAAAGAAACGGUCCUCCCACUCAGCGCUGGCAUGUGUAGUCUCUCUUAGAGGCUGCGGCCCACCAAUCAGAAACACCAGAAGCGGUGAGAAUGGAAAAUCAUCCCGCCCCAUAUCUAUGCCAAACCCAUCAGGUAAGAGCUAUGAAAAUGAUGAUUUUGAAGACUGGGAGUCUAUUGACACAGAAGCGCUGUGUGACAAAACAGGAAGCCCACGCAGAAUAUCCAGUGACUGGGAACCAAACAGUGACUAUGAACCUCUGUAUCAGAUCUACCAGGCAAAAGUCUUAAAAGAAGCCAGUCAGAUCCAGUCUGAUAGUCCUGAUUGCGACAGGAGGACUGUUAGUGAAACCCUGGGUCUCGAGGGUCCCGUAGGUCUUGGGGUGAUUGGAACCCGAUUCAAGAGAGGCCCUGAAGAGAUUACACUCUGGCAGGAUUUACCAGUGGUGAAGGAAAGUGGACUGUUACAUAAACUCACUCGCACUGAAAUACAGAGACAAGAGAGCAUGUUUGAGGUGCUCACCUCUGAGGCUUCCUACCUGCGCUCCUUGCGUGUUCUGAAGGAUCAUUUCCUGGGCUCACGGGAACUCAGUGAGACUCUGGUCAUUCAUGAUAGGAGGGCCCUCUUCUCCAACCUCUUGCAGGUCUAUGAAGUCAGUGAGAGCUUUAUAGGGGAUCUGCUGAAGCGAGUAGAUGAGAGUGUGGUGAUAUCUGACGUCUGUGACAUCAUUUAUGAGCACUCAGAGAACCAUUUCUCCAUCUUUAUUGAUUAUGUCCGAAAUCAGCAGUACCAAGAGAAAACCUACAGCAGACUUAUGGAGAAUAACAGAGAUUUUUCUCUUGUGAUGAGGCGACUAGAGUCAUCUCCUCUCUGCAAACGUCUGCCUUUCACAUCCUUUAUGCUUCUGCCUUUCCAACGAAUUACCCGCAUUAAAAUCCUUAUACAGAAUAUACAAAAGCGGACGGCAAAGGGCACUAAAGAAGAGGAAACAGCUUCCAAGGCCCUGGCUUCAGUCUCCAAGCUAAUCGCACAGGCAAACACACAGGUGGGGCAGAUGAAACAGAUGGAGGAGCUUAUUCAUAUCUCUAACAAGCUGGAGUUCGACAAGCUCAAGGCAAUUCCAAUUGUUUCUAAAACACGGUGUCUAGAAAAACAGGGAGAACUACAAGAGCUAUGUAAAAGAGGGUCUCUCUUCAGCAUCCGCAACAAAUGUACCCCUGUGUACAUGCUACUCUUCAAUGACCUUCUCAUUCUCACAACAAAGAAAAGUGGCUGUCCAGACCGCUUUAUAGUGAUUGAUCAUGCUCAUCGGUCUCUGGUUCAGGUACAGGCCACAGAAAACAAUCUUGGGCCACAAUUGGAUCACUGUUUCAGCUUGACCCUCCUGGAAAACCAUCGGGGGAACACCUGUGAACACUUGCUUAAGGCUAACACAGAGUCAGACAUGCAUAGGUGGAUGGCUGCUUUCCCAUCGAUUAAAGCAGCCCUCGGGGAAGAGAAGAUUUAUGAGGACUGGGACUGUCCUCAAGUGCAGUGCGUCAGUCAGUAUGUAGCAAAACAGGCAGACGAGCUAAGCUUGAAGCCAUGUGACAUCAUCAACGUGCUGCGCAAAACCAGUGAAGGUUGGUAUGAAGGUAUGCGUGUCUCUGAUGGAAAAAAGGGCUGGUUUCCAGCAGAGAAUACAUCAGAAGUGACCACUGAUCACCAGAGACGGAGGAACGUGAGGGAGAAGUACCAAAUUGCACAAGCAACCAGUCAGAACAGCCCAAGUUGACCCCUGUAUAAUUGCUGCCCACAUCAUUCACCCUCAAGCCUCAAAAGCAUCCUGUCACUCACAAAAACAAAGUUGUCUGGCAUAAACACUCAUUUUCUAUCGAGGCAGGAAGUUGGAGCUUAUUAGUAUCAUCUUUAGGAAUAUGAAGAUCAUCAAAAUUGAUUGGAAAAAUGCAUAAAAGCUAGCUUGGAUUGUGAAAAAUUAAUUUUAUUAGAUCUGCUGUUGUCAUGGUGACGAACAGGACGAGCCCCUUCCAUUGUGCUGUCGGGCUCCACCUUCAGCUCCAUAGAAACAGUGCAGGCAAGUUUUAUUGCUACAUUCAUUCAAAAAACAAAAAAACAUUUCUUUUUGGAUUAUCCAUGCCAAUGUACCAUAUUUACAGGUGACGCAAUACAAUAUUUACUAACGUGUAUUUUGUAUUUUUUUAAAAGCUAGAUUUAUUUUGUAAAUACUGAUUGCACAUUUAAUUCUUUCUCAAAAAGUAUAAGCAAUUACCUUUUAGGGGUGUCAUCCUACAGCUGGCAAUGAGUGGUUUUUUUGAUCUGUAAGAGUAUAAUGAAUACAGAAAUGAAUGCUUUAAGCAUGGCCGUGCAUAAAGUUAUUAAUCUCAA